CUCGCGCUGAGGGAAGGAGAUGAUUCUGUGGGGCUGAGCGAAAAGCCUCGGCUGUGGCGGGGAGGAUUUCAGAGAGGGGCGAAGUUUAAACAGUUCCCUCGCUGCGUGUAGAGCAGGGAAGCCCAAAGUCUAGGGCUGAAUCCCCUCCCCAAGAUUAAAGGAGGAAAUGCCCAGUUUGGGCUGAGGGAGAAAAGGGGAGAAAGAAAAUUGGCUUGGAUGGAUGGAUGGAUGGAGACUGAGGAGGGAGAGAUGAUUAAACUGGGCUGAAAUUUGAGAACUGAGGGAGGGGAAUGGCAUCUGGGACAGAAGCCCAGGAAAGAGGGCAGAAAAUGCCAGCUGGGGCAGGAGCCCAGGGAAUGUGGGAAGAAAUACCUCCUGGGGCAGAAGCUCAGGGGUUGGGGCAAGAGAUGCUCAGGGAUGAUGAAUGCCAAGGGCAGGAGGGCAGGGGCGGUUCCAGCAGGGGAGAAGCCGGAGGGAUGAGGAGAGAGGCAUCUGACAAGAACGAAACUCCAGGGAAGAGGGCAACUGAGGCUGAAUGGCCUGUUCCCAGUGGGGGAGAUCUCAUGGAGAAUGAUCCCAGGGAUCUGAGAGGAGAGCCCAUGGAGAAAGGAGCCACCGGGGCACCACCUCCUUCUGAUUCUCUUCUUACAAAAAGUGUUGAGGCGGGGAGGACGGGGUCAGGUAGCCCAAAAAACAGUUGCUUAGACAGGGGUUCUACAGAGAGGGUCAAAAAGCCGAGCCAUAAGAAAAAGGGGCAGAAGCCUAAGGUGAGGAAUUUGGAGUAAGCAAAUAUCCCGUAAAGAGACCUUCCAUCCUAAAAUGUGGCAAGCUUCUGCAAGUGGAGACUUGCUGCUUUUAGCAAUUUUGCAGGCUUGGGGAAGUCACACACAAAUGUUUUAAUUAAAUAAAAAUAAUGGGGAAAUAAUAUAUAAUUUAAGAGGUGUAAAUAAUAAGAUUUCACAUGUAGCUCAGUUAUUGCUGGAGAGGCCCAUAAAGAUGGGAACCUUGACAAUCAUGCUACAGUCACAUGACACUUUAUCUGUAGUUGCCAAUGCCUGAUAACAUGCAGCAAUCAUUCAAAGUUGGCAAAGUAGUGUAGAAUUUCCAUGCAAUUUGGAAACUUUGGGUGCAGACUGGACAGGAAAGCCAUAGCUAAAUUUUGUUUUAAAUAGAUCUGGUUCAGGGACAUGGUAAAGUAUGGCAGCUGCUCAGCUUGUACAACAACUGGACUUUCAAGAGCAGUCCCAGCAACUUAGCUUGUUGUUAGACCCAUCAAUUAAUUGGUGUGCAAAUUUAAAAGUGUGUAAUUUCACUGAUUGAUUUCACUUUACUUUUAAAGUGCUUGUUUCUAAGUAAAACACAUGAUAUUAUGUGUCUGUACCCACUUUCUUCCUGUGUACUAGGCUGAAGAUACUUUUAAAGGGCUGGCCAUCUACUUCCCUAAAGAGCAAUGGGCUGAAAUGGGAGAAUGGGAAAAAAUUCGUUAUAAGAAUAUGAAAGAGAACUAUGAGUUUAUGACUCAAUUAGGUGAGAGAAAUUACUGAAAAGUAAGCAAGGAGUAUGGAUUAUUUAGCUGCAAUAAGAUCUCUGAGUUGAAGAACAAUUGAAGAAUUGUUCACUCUUGCACCUUAUUUUACCUUUAUCAAAUAGUAACAUUCAAAGGGUUCAUCUAUGUGACAUGUUAAAGUUAGCAAAGCAUAUAUUUUAGUGUGUAUUUAAAAGUUUAACUGUCAGGCUUCCAAGGGCUCUCAAUGAUUACAGCCUGAAGCUCAGCUCAAUUGCACCAUAUAUUAACUAUGUUUGUAAAAAGGUUAAAAUUUAGAACUCUGUAGGCAGAAUUAGGACCAGUAGAGAAGGCAAAGAGAGAUUAAUGAAAGAAGUAUGGAACUAGAAAUAAUGCUGAAAUUGUACCUGGGAGGUCUGGAUUCAAAUUCUUUUCCAAGCAUGGCUUCACUUUAUAUGCUUGGUUAAGUUACUGGGUUGAAUCAGUUAAGUUGCACAUUGGCUGCAAUCUAAUCCACUUUCCUGGUUGUAGACCCCAAUUGAAAGCAAUAGGGCUUACUUUUGAGUUUCUUAGUAUUGCUCUGUAAGAUAGCAUUGAAACAUUUGUCUCCUUUCGCCACUCCUCUCCCAUGUUGUGGACUGCAGAGGAUAGAUUGGUCUUUCACUGAUACAGUACUUUUUCUUUUUAACAAAACCUUUUGGCUAGGUAUACUAUGUGGCAAGUGAUCUGAAGCCUUUCACAUUGGAUACAGAUUCUGGGUGGUGGGAAGGGCCUAGUUUUCCCAUAGCACAAUAUUGAUUAUUUUGUCUUUUAUUGGCAUUUGACAUCAGUUGAACAGAGACAAAUUUCUGGAAGCAUUCUUUCAAUAAGAUGUUUGCAGACAACAACUUUUAUAGUAUCUUAUACCUGAUAUUUUUUAUUAGGUCUUCCUACACCUAAACCAACAUUUAUGUAUCAUGCACGGCAACCUCCCAAAACUACAAAUGAGUCCUCUGAGUCUGAUGAGGAAUGGACACCACAAUCUAUAGGUAAAUGAUUAUUAUAGUCAUUCCUGAAUACAUGCAGCCCUCCAGGCUUCUGUAUACGGGCCAUAGAACUCUUUGCAGGCCAUACCCCUCACCAGCAGUAAAGUCUAAGAAAAAUUCUGCUGGAACAGACCAUCCUGUUUCCCACAGUGCCUAGCCAGAUACUUCUGGGAAGCCCAUAAGCAGGGCAUGAAGGCAAUGCUCCCCCUUUCUGUUGUCCCUUCAAUCAACCUAGCAUAUAUCUGAACAUGGGCAUUCCAUUUAGCCAUCAUAGCUAAUUGAAAGAUAAAUGCUCUAUGAUUGACUGCAUUUGUCUCUUUCUGGUGAAUGACAUAUCUAUUACUUUAGUUACAUUAAUUUUGUGAGAUGCAGCUGAUGAAUGUAACAAAAUGUAGUUUAUGUGAUGUCACCCAACUCAUCUACAUUGGUUCAUUUUGCUCGUCACUACUAAUAGCCCUUAUGUCUCAUACUUGAUUUUCCUUUGCUCUACCUAUAUGAAUAUUCUGUUGCAAUGAUGGGGAAUGAGUGGCCCUCCAGAUAUGACUCCUGUAAUCCUUCACCAUUAGCCAUGCUGGCUGGGACUAAUGGGAGAUGGAGUUCAACAACAACUGGAGGGGCACUGGUUCCCCACCUCUGUUCUGUUGCUAUACUGUGUACUCUAGUGCAUAGAUCAGGUUGCAAUUUUGCUGUAUUCUUUUUAUUGAAUAUUAAUCUUUUGCAUUAGAAUGGUUUUAUAUUCAUUCUAAAGCUAAGCAUCUAAUGGUGUUUCAUUAAUUCAAUACUGUAUCAGCAAUGAGGUUUAUUGUCAUAUUGUCCCUAUAUUCCCAUUCAUUCCAUGUAUAUACAAUCAUAUAAGGAAAGUCUGGAGCUCAGUGGUACAGCAUGUGUUUUGCACAGAAAAACUCUCAGGUUUAGUCACUGGCAUUUCCAGGUAGAGCUGGGAAAGACUUGUGUCAGGACCCCUGGAGGGCCACUGCUGGACCGUGUCAACAAUACUGAGAUGGAUGGACCAAUGGUCUGACUUAGUAUAUAGCAGUUUCCUAUGUUCAUUCCUUUUUCUUGGCAACACAAUGUGUAAUAUCAUGGGAUACAUUCCUGUGAUGAUGCAUUCAUAGUCAUAAUAAAAGUGAAGAUGCAGAGAAAAUAUUUUAAACAUCAAUCAAUCAAGAGACAUUUAUUGAGGCAUUAUUGUUUUUAUCAUUCCAUAAACUGAAGGAGAACCACCUGCCUGUUCAGUUUCUAUUUAUUUAAAUUCAUGCUACCAAAUGUCUUUCUACUGGUGAAACAGUGGCUGGGGAAACCCAGCCAGAUGGGCGGGGUAUAAAUAAUAUUUUUUUAUUAUUAUAACAACACAUUUUUGCAAAUAUACUCCUGGAAAUUACCAUGGAGAACUGGCUGGCAGGUACUGGAGAAAUUUAGUGGAUGGUUUGGAGCUAUAGCUUUCUCCAAAUGAUUGACUGGUAUAAAUACCAAAGUUUGUGUAUAUAUUGCACAAUACACCCUUUAUCCCCCCCCCUCUCUCUCGGGUUUAUAUAUUCAGUGAUAAUAUUUUAAUUUUUAAAAUAUUAGUUUGCUUCUUAUUUCCAGUAAAAUCUUUUAGGACACCAUGUAACCUGAAUAGCUGGAAAGAGGAAAAGAAAAAAAAGUACCCUCUUGAUCAAGUAAGAUAGUUUUGGAUAUUUCAAGUGAUUUGCAAUUUCUGUUUUUUUGUUUGUCUGAUGAUUCUAGCAAACAUCGAAUCAAAAUAGUUUGGAGAAACAUUUCAUGUGUUUGCCCUGAUAUGGAAAUAAAGAUAUUAAUAAAAGCAGGGUUUGAUGGGGCAUACUUUUUAUUUGAGUGGAAAUUUAUUGUUUACAAUCAUUAGCUUUUAGAGAAACAAUUUGACUUUUGUAGUCAGUGAUCAUAACAUUACACUUUCAAACAAAGGAAGAACCAAAACAAACAGCUGAAACAAAGAAACAAACUCUGAAAUCAACACAAACUCUGGAAUCAAAUGUGUAGGAGACUGAGGAUAAGCUACCCAUCUGACAGGGUGACCUGUAGUUCACAAAACCCACACUAUUUGCUGACACACUGAAAGACUGUGAAAAAUAUUUUCUUUCUUUUUUUAAGUAUGUGGAAACACUAAUUGAAGGAAGGGGAACAGAACACAGCUGGACACUAGCUUGCACAUUAUCAGUGUAUACAGCCAAUAUAGUUAGUAGCUGCUGCUUUAGAUUAUGGUAUCACAUGAAGGUGUGUACUGCUGUACACAAGAAACUGCUAUGUAUGAAAGCACACUGUGAAAUAGUAGCCCAUGUGUGUUUCAAAAGCUUCAUGUGGACACAGCCUAAUAGACCAGCCUUCACCAGUCAGGGGUAGUCAACCGUUUUAUACCUACUGCCCACUAAUGCAUCUUUCUUAAUGGGAAAAUUUCCUUACCACCCACCAGUGUUCGAUGGAAGGAUGAUUCAGCUUGUGCUGUAGAACCCCCUACCGCCCACCUAGAAUCCUGAAACGCCCACUAGUGGGCAGUAGGGACCAGGUUGACAACCCUUCUCCAGGUGUUUUGAAUUCUAGUCAGCCCCAGACAACACAACCUUUUCGACAUGAGGACACUAUGUAGCUAUUUCAUUGGGUUGAAAGUCAAAUAUAUAAUAUGUUCAUACAUUUAAGUCAUGAUUGCUGCAGCAAUUCAUUUUCUGUUCAUGUUUGAAGGUCUUUCUGGGUGUUAGCAAUAAUAGUCACAUGUUCAAAGUUAUUUCCAUGUACCAUACUUUUGCUAAACAUUGUACUGUACUCUAUAGCCAAAGGAGAGAUUCCUGAGAAAAAUAAAUAAUUAAGUAUGGCUUGGGACUGUCUCGUAACUGAAUUUACUAACUGGUAAUUUGUCUAAAUGAUAACUGCCAUUGUGGAAAUAUUUAAGAAGAUCUAAAUUAAUAUGAUCACUUUUAACACCCAGUAAAUACACAUGAUUCACAAGCCCCCUCUUAAUUCUUUAUGAGUGUUAUUUGAGAUAAUAAUAAUAAUAAUAAUAAUAAUAAUAAUAAUAAUAAUAAUAAUAAUAAUAAUAAUAAUAAUAAUAAUAAUAAUUUAUUAUUUGUACCCCGCCCAUCUGGCUGGGUUUCCCCAGCCACUCUGGGCAGCUUCCACAAAGACCAAAAUAUGUUAAGAUUUAAUAGAAAACAACUUUUUGUUGCAGAAUAAGCAAAUAAACACUAUGGGACUUACUUCCAAAGACCAAGAACAUAUAAAGAAAACUGACAAAAAUACAUGUGCAGAUGUUCAUACUACAGACAUUGCAGCAGAAUCAAAGACUGGUAAGUGCUUGGUAGAGAGCCAUUUAUUUAUUUUCUUAAUAUUUUAAAAUAUUAAUUACUCUGCCCACUGUGUUCUUUACAGCUUUUUGACAUUUAAUUGUAAAGGGCACUCUCCAAAACUGGAACUGGAAGUUUUUCUAAUGAUCUGAUCUUAUGAUCUGUGUAAGACAAAUUUUUUUGAUGUAAUUGUAUAUAAGAGCAAAAACAAAGUUGCAUGUUGUUUUCAAGUCCAGUGCAGCAAAAUGACAGAGAGCUUACACUGUGCAGCUGCUCAAGCAGUUCAAAUCCACCUAGCCAAUUACACUGUGAAAGACUUUACAUGAGUCAAAUAUGGAAGGAGAUGGGGCAUGAAAGGGACAGGGUGUGUUAAUAGUGAUGUUUAAGUGUGAGCUUAUCCAUGUUAACAGGACCAGGCAUUCCUGCAACCAUGAAAUAUGAAAAUUGACUCAGAAUUAAAUUUCUAACAUUGAUAAGCUGCACUUAAAUGCAGACAUGUCCAUGUUAAAAGAUAUUCUCUGUGCUUAAUGAAAGUUGGGGAUUUUUUAGGUGGUUUUGUCUCAUUCUGAAAAGGGCUAUGGUUUAGUAUGGUAUUUCUAGGUCGGAGCAAGAUUGGUUAAUAUUUUGCUGCCUGUGAGCCACAUUGUCACAUAUCCAGGCUCUCAGCCAAUCUAGGUAAUUAAGCAUCGCUAGUAAAGAGCAUAACUAAUUCUGUUUAGAUGCCUAGUGAAACGUUUUGGAGCACAGCCAAGCAAAAUCUUCAGGAGGAAAUAGGGAACAUUUUAAUUCUCAGCACACUGUAUCUGUCACUUCAUGUCCAGUGUGGUAUGUUCAUCCUAUGUUUUUUACCAUCUGCUAUUCUUAUGUGACUUGUUAGAAAUGCUGAAACUAUAGAAUAUUUUAUUAUAAGGAGACAAUGCCAUUUCAGAAUAGAAUAUCCCACAGUGUUCUACACACAUCUUGCAGAAACAAAAGUAGAUAUAUUCAGGCAUUCUGCUUAUAUGUAAAUCCUACACAUGAGCAAGGCAAGCAGGGACUAAUGUGAACACCUAAACAUACCUAAUGUGAUUCAAGUUCUUGUAUUCCAUGUACUUUUGCUUUCCAUGAGUUUAUGCGUUACAAAAUUAGAUUAUAUACUUCAGAUAUUGAGAAGAAAGCUUUGUCGGGGAAAGCAAAGAAUAAGAAAAGAGAUCAGGAGAAAGAAGUUAGUACAUACAGUUUGCGGAAGAGGGAGAGAAAAACAUAUAUGGAAAUAAAUGAGCCAAAUGAUGAUGAUUACUUGUGUAAGUUUAUAAUCAGCAUUUUCCAUCUUCAAUUCUUAUGUUGCCUUGGAAAAAUAUUUAUAAAACAGUGCUUUUAGAUAUUCUAUUACAUAUUUUUCAGGUUCAGGUUUAUUCAUAAUUCUAAUGCUAAUAAUGCUAAGAAACUCUCCCUUUAUGCUUAUAUUUUAAAAAGUGCUUAAUCAAAAUUAUGUUAAUUAAAAUGCCUGUAUCAGGCUUGUAACAAUUGUCCAAAAUUGGAGAAGGAAGAGCAAUUCUAUACUGGCACUAUUAAACUCUCUUUUUGUGACACUACUCCAUUUUGUAAGAAAGUACAUCAGACUUUCAUAUAAAAAGUUCCUGAGCUAUAAUCAGUAUUCCCAAUCGCAUUUUAAAAAGAAAAUAAAUUUCCUAUAAAUUUGCCAUGGGCCAUUUAUUCACAAUAGACUCGCAAUUUGAUUAUAUUCACGGAUGAUGGGUGAUGUACAGAAGGUCUGCAGUUACCCUAGCCCUUCUCUAAACAGGAGGUGUCAGAAUCUGUACAAGUAAUCUGUGGCAGUUGAACUGAACUAAUGCUGUUCUUGAUUUGUCAGAAACUGGCAGAUUGUGAUAAAGGGUUAAAGCCAAUGCAAGGCUUACUUAGUUUAGACCCAUUGUAAUUAAUUUAAUAUUACUAAAUUAGAUCAUUUGAUUUGAAAAGGACUUCUCUGUGUAAGAAUUAACUGGACACAACACAGAGGUUUUUGAAAGGACUACGUAUGCUAUAGAAGUGCCAACAACAAACACAUAUUUCAUACUCAUAGAGAUGAAAGUAUCCAAAGACUAUGUAGACCAAUCCCAUAGAAUAAGAAUAGACUGUCCAUCUACCCAUAACCACUCCUAGAGUGCAGCUGUCAUCUGUGGACCACAGUGUGCCACACGGAGUUAGCAGAUACAGUCAGUAAUAGCUUGAGGGAAUUUGUGCAAUUAAAGUAUGGUUACACACUAUAAGAAAAGGAAAACCAACCAACCAAAUGUUAGCGGCUAAACUAGUUUAGGGGGGAAAUCCUUCCUUCUUCAAAGAGAAUCCAAUGGGAAACACGUCAAUACCACUCAAUAUUCUGAUAGGGAAUGCCAAGGUUGCAUAGCACGGGAAAUAAUCCUUCUUAACAUUUAUGGGCGACGACAGACAUAAGAAAUAACGAAACAUUUCCCUGAAUUCAUCCAACUGUACCAUGAAGCCUUGGAGCACCCUAUGGUGCUAGAACUAUUGUUAAAUGGAACUAUCAGGGUUCGUAAAACUAUCCCACACACCAUCACCCCUCCCCUACUUUCCCCAUCUUUUCUUCCCAACCUCAUACUGUUUGCAACACUAACGUCUCACAACAAAUGAAACUGAUCUGUAGAAAACACAACUUGAAAAAAGAGACAAUGCACAUAUUUUUGUAUACUGAUAAAUAUUUAAUAAAUAUUAUUUUAAAACAACAACUAUCAGGCUGACUAUGCCUAGAACCAGACAGAAUUCUGUCUGCUGCAAUUAGAUUAUCUGCUGAUCACAUGCUAUGUCUAAGGUGGGGCUUAGCAGGCUCAUGAAAAAAUGUAUUCAGUCCUUGGGGAAGUUUCUUGGAACAACUUCCAUUAACCAGCUUCUUGGUGCUCUGUGCUGCCUUGCUGAGAACCUGUGUUCUUUUUGUUUGUGACUUUGGCCUGUGACUGGACUUUGCUUCUCUUAUUGACCACCCCCUCAAUGUGACCUUAGGUUGUGAACCCAACCUUGCUCUCUGGACUGCCCCAUAAGUAGACUCCCACCCCUGGCAUCCUUAUCCCCUGAAGCAGUACAAUAGCCCUGUCCAUAUCACCAUUCCCCAAGACCAGAGCUUCAGUUGGAGAGCCGACCACAAAAUUCAUUGUAAUAAUUAUUGCACAUUGACACAAAUCCCCCACGUUUUACAACUUCAAAUAUUUAUAUAGAUUGCCAAUCAUAACUGUAGAUAUUUGAAAAAACUCAUUGAUGGAAAAAACGUCCUGCAGCAUCAUGUCUCAAUUAUCUUUCUUUCCCUUCCUAGUUUGUGAAUACUGCCUGCUAUUCUUUAUUGAUGAAUGUUCAGUUCAUGGUUCUCCAGUUUUCAUCAAGGAUACAGCAGUAGAAAUAGGACUGGAAGAGAGGGCCACCCUCACUUUACCUCCAGGUUUGAGAAUUGGCCCAUCAGGUAUCCCCAAAGCUGGCUUUGGAGUCUGGAAUGAAGGAGAAAUUCUGCCUCCAGGAAUUCAUUUUGGGCCCUAUGAAGGGAAAAUCACAGAGGAAGAAGAAGCAGCCAACAGUGGUUAUUCUUGGCUGGUAUGAUUUACUCACAGCACUUUUAUUUUAAAAAAAUUCCAUGUAGAGUACCGCCUUGCUGAAUGAACAAACCCCACCCUCCAGGCAGAGUCAAACGACUUUGUUCAGUGCUCCUUCCCUUUACAAUGUCAAGCUUGUGAGUACAGGAAGUAGAACCUUCUUCCUGAUGGAGCCACAGUGUUGGAACUCCCUCCUUAGAGAAGUCUUGUUCCUUCAUCCUUUUAAGUUUUAUGAAAGUGGUCAAGAAAGUUUCUGCCUUUUCUGUUUAAUAAUCCUCUGUUUUUAAGUAUGAUUUGAUGGAAUAUCAAUUAUGAAUAAACUUCAUUGAAUGUUGUAGAAGUGGGCUAAAAAUUAUAUGUUAAAAUGCAUUUAAUGAAAGAAAAUUUGAAACAAUAACUCAGAAUGGUGAACUUUUUCAUUUUAGUGUAUCAGAACUCAAAUGUUAAUGAAUACAAGCAAUCCUAUUGUUGUCUGUCACCACCCAAUGUUGAAACACAAUUUGAAUUGCAGCAAGAUCAUAGAUGGUUCAAUGCAGAAUUGUCAGGGCCUUGCAGGACAUAGACAAAUGUGCACUGGGGUAGCGGGGCUGGACUUGGGAGAGGGGAUCUGUUGUGGCAACCUGUACCAGCCAGGGGGCAAGAGUCAGACAGGGGAAGCUUCAGAGCUGGAGGUUGGAGCACAGGAUGUGUUGGAGGCAGAGGGGAAAGAGGCAGGUCAGGCAAGGGAAGAGUUGGGUUCUUCCCCAUACUCUCCUGCACCACUGUCUCCUAAAACCAGGAGGGGAUUGAAGAAGGAAGAGCAGAGACAGCUUCCAUGCAGGUGUAGCCACUGGCUGUGUUCCUGUGGCCCAUCAAUGAGAGGUACAUAAACUAGUGGAGGGGGGUGGCUCCCCUUGUUGCUGCAACUGCUCCACAGAGCACAGGCCUGGGAAUUAGGCAGUGUGGUUAUUUGGAGCUAUAGAACUACUUUCUAGAUGCUAUAAAACUACUUUCUAGGCAAGUCCCUUCGACUCUAUUCUGCCCCUGCCCUGUUCUGCUCCCUUGCUGCACCAAAAACGGCAUGUGUAUGUUGCUGCAUGCAACUAGAAUGUGCACAAGUGGGCAGUUGUUUGUACUGUAAGUGUUUGCUUGGGACAAUAAUGAAUUAACUAUCUGCUGUGUGCAUCCUGGGGAGUAUCUUUAACAAAAAUGAUUAUAACUUUAAAAGCAGAAAGUACCCAUCUUGACUAUGGAGUCUAGCCAGAUAACAGACAUGCACAGAUAAUAUACCUAUGCAAUGGUGAGACAUAUACCUUAAGCAAAAAAGCCAGGGAAGUUCUUGAAAUGUAUUUCUUACCCAAACCAAUAUUUUGUUGCUUCUGCUUAUUUGUUUAUUCAAAGUGAAUUGUCUUAUUAAAAUAAAAAGUACCGUAUAGUUCACCAUUUAGACCAUUCUAAAUUAUUUAAACACAAAGUUUUAAAACUCCAGGAAAACUCCUUGAAAGAAAAUGAUGAGAAUCCAGAAAACAAGCCUGCCAGGAAACAGAGCUACAGAAUAGGUGGGGAGGGUGGCUUCAUAAUUAGGCAAAAGGUGAAAAGGGUUCUUAGUAGUUGCAAUAUGUGGGAAGAGGAAGAUGCAGGAUAUUACCAUGGGGGUGGUUUUUGUGCCUGUUGGGGUUGCACAAAAGAAGGGGAAGACAUGGAGGUGAAGGUGAAAACGGGUGCAAAGCAGGGCUGCAGAAACGAGAGUAGUGCUUUCAAACAUAGGGUUGAGAGGGUGAAAAGGGGGCUUAGUAGUUGCAUGCAGUGGGAAGGGGAAACUCUAAGGGGGUUAAUAGGGGGAGAGGGCUGAUGACCAAAGCAAGCAGGGGAGCAGAGCCCUUAACAUCCUACAUAUUGUUGUAGUGUUACCAUAUUGAUGUGUGUGUUUCGUGUCUAUCUUAAUUACAGAUUACUAGAGGGCAAAACUGCUAUGUUUACAUUGAUGGAAAGGAUGAAACUAAUUCCAACUGGAUGAGGUAAACAUCCUUGAUCAAACUAAAUGAAGAGAGACUUUUAAAACAAGGGUCUUCAUACACCUGGAAAGGCCAAUAGAACAGAAUAACUUAAAUGUCAUUCUGGGUGCCUACAGGUUACCCGUCCGUACUCUUAAUACAGUGGUACCUCGGGUUACAUACGCUUCAGGUUACAGACUCCGCUAACCCAGAAAUAGUGCCUCGGGUUAAGAACUUUGCUUCAGGAUGAGAACACAAAUUGGGCAGUGGCAGCGCUGCAGGACCCAUUGGUUAAAGUGGUGCUUCAGGUUAAGAACAGUUUCAGGUUAAGAACAGACCUCCAGAACGAAUUAAGUACGUAACCAGAGGUACCACUGUAUCUUUUAACUGUUGGGAGUAAAGCACAACAUUUGCAAUAACCAGCUUGAACUGUGGUGAGGAAUAGACAGAAAUGCAACCUGUUCUUCCUUCUUCACUGAUUCCUUCUCUUUUAGUAAAUGCUUGUCGGUAAAGUAGAUCACUUCCUUUCAGGCCUUAAUUCUUUUCUGCUUCUCCAAGUAGUCAGUAUGAGUUAGCUUGUGCUAGUGGCUGCAUCUUGGCCACAUGUAAAAUCUAUACAUAGAAUGGUUCCUCCUCCAAGACUAAUAAAUGUUAAGUUUUCUUUAUCCUUUCAACAGCAGUCUUACCAGGGUAUUUUUUCUGCAUACUGCUUUGCAAAUUGCACACUAUUUACCAAAGUCCAGUAGUGCCAGUACUAGAGAGAGAAGUGGCACCUUUCAAAGGUAAAAAGAAUAUCUUGGUUUGGAAAGAGAGUGGUGGGCCACUAAACUGCUUAGUGGGAUCAGUCAAAGCUAUGGGUUCAUCAUUCCUAGUAGAGCAAAUGCCUGGUGGUCUGCAUAAGUCUUGCUUCUGAAAUGAAUGGGAGGAGCAACCCAGACAAAUAUAUUCUUCUACCACCAUAAAAAAAGAAAGUGAAGUUACCACAGGUAAGAAGACCAAAGUUUAUUUUACAAAAUUCUGUUGUGUGUUGUAACCUCCAGUGUAUAAUAUGCCCAGUGUUCAACAAAUUUAAAAUAUUUCAGCUGUACAUUUCAUUACUUGAAUAAUAGAAGAAAGUAAUGCAAUUGUUAUGCUUCAUAGUACUUCUCUAAUUUCCAGCUUCCCUGACUGAGUACUUUUAGUUACCCUCUUAACAAUGAACUUUCAGGUAUGUUAACUGUGCCCGGAAUGAGGAAGAGCAAAAUCUUGUUGCCUUCCAGUAUCAUGGGAAAAUCUACUACAGAGCAUGUAAAAUAAUCCUUAUUCAUUCUGAGCUUCUGGUUUGGUAUGGAGAAGAAUAUGGAAAGGAGCUUGGCAUCAAGUGGGGCUCUAGAUGGAAAUCAAGAAAAGGUAUAAUAAUCAUGCAUUGUUUUAAAUCUUCCCUAACACUGAAGUCUGUUAUUGCUUCUUUUGUUUGUCUUAGACAGCAUUCUCCUAGAUACAUCUAAUAUAUCUUCAUAUUUCUAUGCAUUAUAUACGGUAAAUCUAAAGGACUAGUUCAUAGAACCAUAGAAUUGUAGAGCUAGAAGGGUGGUUGAGGUAAGAGAAAUGUAGGACAGCUGGGGGAAAGCUUUCAUGUUGCAGAGAAAUGCACAAGGAUUAGGAUCAAUUUCGCAUGGUGAAUAUGUGGCCUGAAAAGACUGGUGCUGCGUUUUUGACAUAGUGGUAGUGCUUGUAUGACUUUUGAACAUGACUCCAGUUCUUAAGUCUUCUCAUAUGUAGAGCAUGGGAGCGGUGCCAGCCUUGAGCAGGCUGGCACAAGUCAUAUUGCUGCCUGCUGCAGGAAAGUGAAGUAACAACACACCUGCCAGUAAUAUGAGACAUAGUCCACCAGGAUAUUAUUCUGUGCCUGUCUCUUUGAAAGGAAUGGAGGCGUCAUACAAAUAUUGUUAUGCCUCUCCUAUUUAUUUCAAUGGGAACUUGUGCAGUACAACAUCCCAGUGGAUUGUCCCACAUUGGUUAAAUCUGGCUUUCCCCCUCAGUCAAAAUCCAUCAGCUGGGAGGUUGUCACACCUUGGCUCAUGGUGGACCCCCUCACAUAGCAUGCCAAUAUAUUGUUGAACAUCACCCCACUCUCUGAGCGGUGUGAAAUUCCAGAGAUUCUAGGAAUGAGGGACAUCAGAGUCUGUGGUAUCUUUAAGAUUUUUUUUUUUUUAUACAAAUAUACAACCUGAGCUUGUGAUGGAGGGACUGACAGAAUCAACACCCCAAAAUAUAUUGCUUCUUCCAUAGUCACAGCCUUUGAUUCAAAUAGAAAUCAAGUAUGUUUCUCACUUUCUGGCUUCUGCUUGCUUCUAGCCCAGGUGUCACACACAACUGGCUAUUGUCCUUCUAACUACCAGUCAGGUGAGAGGGGGCACCCAUUUGUCCUCUGGCACAGAACAACUUGCUUUGUUAUAUUAUUGACCAUACUUAGGGCCAUUAACUCGCCAAGGAAUUUGCCUGGCUAGUUCAACAAUGGAAUUAGAAGAGACUCCAGCAUCAUACAGGCUGACACACACACACCCCGCCAAGGUCACAACAAUACUACAGUUGUUGUAAUAUUAGGAAGAAUUUCAUCAUAUACAGUAGUUGUCUCUUGUGCAAAUAUCUAAUUUCCCCUGUAUGCAGGUGUUAUCUUAAAAAAUAAGAAAUGCAUUUGGCAUAGAAGAAAUUCUCUCUCAGAACUAUUUUAAUAUAGUUAAAGCACCAAAAUUUAGACUUUAUUUGCAUUCAAUAGUAUUGCAGUAUUUUAACACACCUCCAGAUUUUGGGUCAUUCCACGCCAAAUUACCUGGUGCCAUAUGCUCUCAUGACUCAGAUUUUCUUCAAUUUUUUAAAUGUGUAGAUACUUAUGAGAUAACCUCAAAUUAAUUUUUAAAGAUUUUUUGCUCCAAAAUUGGGAGCAGGAGAAUUUUUUGAAAAUUUCGUUUUUCACGCAAUUUAGGCUUAUGCAAUUUCUGCGUCAGUUUAGAAAAAAACCUCAAAUUAAUUUUUAAAGAUUUUUUCAUCCAAAAUUGUGCAUAGGAGAAUUUUUUGAAAAUUUUGAUUUCUGCGCGAUUUAGGCUAAUGCAAUUUCUGCGUCAGUUUAGAAAAAAAACUACUGUUUGUUUUUGUUUUUUCAACCAGUUGGGCUUAUUUUGGUAUCAAAAUAAAGCUAAAUGUGGUCUCUUUCGAAAUAAGGUAUAAAAAUGGUAUUAAGAAAAGGGUCACUGACUAUUCAAAGUGAAUUUUUGUCAUUUUAUUCCUGGUAGGUUCGAUAAGCCAUAGCGCGCAAACCACAACUAACACUUGUAUCAUCCUUUUGUUGUAGAAUGGGGUAACUAUGUACUUGUUAUGUUUUAAAAAUAAGGAGGGUGUUUUUUGUGGUUAUAAAAUAAAUUGAUUUUUAAGUAAUUUUUUUACAAAAAAAAUAUUGCUUUUUUGGACAGGUUUAAGGUCUCUUUGAGCCUGAAAUAACUCACACAUUUGUGAGAAUAGUUAAAAUUAAGUUUAAUUUAUUACUUAAUAAAAACAAAAUAUAUCUUAGAGCCCUUGUUCAUUUUAUUGUGUAAAACACUUCUGCAAUGACAUGGUCAAAGCUAUUUUGUUUCCCAUACAUGUAAUAUAGUCAGUGAUGCUGUUUUGACCACUGUAUGCAAUAUGACCUUUCUGAAUGCUGUGGCCAGCCUUGGUCUUCUUACUGCUGCUUGCUCCUUCAGGACAACCCUCUGUUUUGGCAUGUGUCUUUUUCCUUGGCUCUCAGUGAGCUUGUUGGGUCCUGUAGUUUCCUAAAUAAUGUAGUCCCAUAUGCCCAUUUGUCAUGCAUGGUUGAAAAUAGCUACUAAAACUCAAAUCUUGUUUGUUCUCAAAUAGUACACAGGCAGAAUUCACGUUUGAUACAGGAGCGAGGUAUCACCUGUCAUCAGUGUCCCUGCUGCAAAUUGGCUUUCACUUUCAAAGAUUACCUUCACAGACAUAUGAAAUGGAGGCAUUCAGGAUAUGGAGUACAGCCUGAAGUACCUGAAAAUGUCCUAGCAGAGAAAUCUCUAUUCAAAAUCACAAAUAGUGCUUCAAACAGAACUAUGCUGCAGCACCUAGUGCCAAGUUGUGUUUACAAAGAUAAAGAUGAGGAGACACUGUUUUUAAAAGAUAUAAACAAAGAGACACAGAGCAGAACUCAGGUUUCUAGAUGCAAUGAAAGUGGGACAACUUUAAAGCAGCUGUCACACCCAGCCCAACAAUUAUGUAUAGGAGAGAGACCAUGUUCAUUUAGAAAGUGUGGGAGAAGUUUCAGCUACUCAUCAGUGCUAGUCACUCCCAUGCAAACACACACAAGAGAGAAGCCAUAUUCAUGUAGGGAGUGUGGGAAAAGCGUUAGCCAGUCAGGCGUCCUGGCCAGCCACAAGCGAACGCACACAGGAGAGAAGCCAUAUUCAUGUGGAGAGUGUGGGAAAAGCUUCAGCUGGUCAGGACACCUGGCUGUCCACAAGCGAAUGCACACAGGAGAGAAGCCAUAUUCAUGUGGAGAGUGUGGGAAAAGCUUCAGUCAGUCAGGACACCUGGCCAGACACAAGCGAACGCACACAGGAGAGAAGCCAUAUUCAUGUGGAGAGUGUGGGAAAAGCUUCAGCCAGUCAGGAGACCUGGCCAGUCACAAGCGAACGCACACAGGAGAGAAGCCAUAUUCAUGUGGAGAGUGUGGGAAAAGCUUCAGCCGGUCAGGACUCCUGGCCAGCCACACACGAACGCACGCAGGAGAGAAGCCAUAUUCAUGUGGAGAGUGUGGGAAAAGCUUCAGCUGGUCAGGAGACCUGGCCAGCCACAAGCGAAUGCACACAGGAGAGAAGCCAUAUUCAUGUGGAGAGUGUGGGAAAAGCUUCAGCUGGUCAGGACACCUGGCUGUCCACAAGCGAAUGCACACAGGAGAGAAGCCAUAUUCAUGUGGAGAGUGUGGGAAAAGCUUCAGUCAGUCAGGACACCUGGCCAGACACAAGCGAACGCACACAGGAGAGAAGCCAUAUUCAUGUGGAGAGUGUGGGAAAAGCUUCAGCCAGUCAGGAGACCUGGCCAGUCACAAGCGAACGCACACAGGAGAGAAGCCAUAUUCAUGUGGAGAGUGUGGGAAAAGCUUCAGCCGGUCAGGACUCCUGGCCAGCCACACACGAACGCACGCAGGAGAGAAGCCAUAUUCAUGUGGAGAGUGUGGGAAAAGCUUCAGCUGGUCAGGAAACCUGGCUGUCCACAAGCGAACGCACACAGGAGAGAAGCCAUAUUCAUGUGGAGAGUGUGGGAAAAGCUUCAGCUUGUCAGGAAACCUGGCUGUCCACAAGCGAAUGCACACAGGGGAGAAGCCAUAUUCAUGUGGAGAGUGUGGGAAAAGCUUCAGCUUGUCAGGAAACCUGGCUGUCCACAAGCGAAUGCACACAGGAGAGAAGCCAUAUUCAUGUGGAGAGUUUGGGAAAGCUUCAGCUGGUCAGGAGACCUGGCCAGUCACAAGCGAAUGCACACAGGAGAGAAGCCACCUUAAUGUAACAUAG